GCUGCAGGGGAAGUGGAGAAGCAGCACAGGAGAAGCUGCUGCGAUGCAUCGACACGCUGCAGAGGGCUGUGGAUUUGCUGCUGCAGGAGCUGCAGGCAGAGAAUGUCUUGGCGGGGCCGAAGGCAGUUGCUGCUUUUGUGCAGCAACACUUGCUGCAGGUAGUUGAAGUCCUCAGGCUCUGCCUCGUGGCCCCCAGCAGCAGCAGCAGCAGCAGCAGCAGCGCAGCAGCAGCAGCGCUGCUCUACCGCCGCAGCUUCCUCCGCUUGUUCGUUCCUCCUGUGUCCCUUCAGCUGCUGCUGCGUGCCUUCCAGCAGCAGCAGCAGCAGCACCCGCUGCUGCUGCAGCUGCCAGCAGCAAAUAGAGGGGUUGCCGCAAGUGUUGCUGCUGUUAAGACGCUGCAGCUGCUGCUCAAUGUUGCAGGCAGCGAGCUUGUAGAGACGCGUACAGAGAAGCUGCUGGGGUUUCUCGAUUGCUGCAGAGAAGCGACGCAGCACUCAGUCUCUGUGCUGCGGUGUAUGUCCAGCUGCGCUGCUGCCUUUUCUCCUUCCUCUUUGCUGCGGUUCCUGCCUUACUUGCUGCAGCAGCUGCAGCAGUACGCCUUGCAUGCAAAGCAGCAGCUCCGCCGCUGCAGCAGCAGCAGCAGCUGCAGCAGCAACAGCAGCAGCAGCGGAGGGAGCAGCAGCGCAGCACAGUGCUGCUGCAGCAGCUGUGCAGCGUCGCAGGAAAUUUGCAGCGAGGUCUGGAGGCUUCUGCUGCUGCUGCUGUCAAAAGCUCAAGAUGCUGCAGCAGCUGACGAGCAGCAGCUGCCGCUGCUUUGUGCUGCUUUCGCCUGCACGCCAGUGCUGCCUCCAGUGCAGCAGCUGCUGCCCUGCGACCCUGCAGCAGCAGCAGCAGCAGCGACGCAGCAGUGCAGCAGCAGCACCAGCAGCCUCGUGUCGCAGCAGCAGCACACGGGGCUGCUGCGGUUGCUGCAGUUCUUUUGCCUACUGCCUGCAUUUCUGCUCGAGGGGCAGCAGCAGCAGCACAUCAUCAGCAGCAGCUGCAGCAGCAGCACGAGCUGCUGCCCCGAUUCUUCAUCUUGGCAGCUGGAGGACUUGCAGCAGCAGCUGCAGCAGCAGCGAAGCGACUACCUGCAUGCGCAGCAGCAGCUUCCGCUGCUGCUUCUGCGCUGCUGCGCCGUGGGGGCCUUCCUCAGCAACACCUUUCCUUACUUGACACGUUUUGCUGCAGCAAAAUGUUUGUUACAGAUUGUACGGUGCUGCAGCGUGCCGCUGCUGCUGCAGCAGCAGCAGCAGUUGUUGUUGCUCCACCAGCAGCAACAGCAGCAAACGUCGUUGCUGCCUUCCCAGGAGAUGCAGGAGCAGCAGCAGCAGCAGCUGCUGCUGCAGCAGCUGCUGUCAGCCCUUGCUGUUAGUGUGCAGGGAGUCAUCGCAGAGUUCGCGCACUCUGUAGACCCUCUGCCACUUUGCUGCUGCCAGGUGCUAGGCCACCUUGAGCCUUUCUGCAGCAGCAGCAGCAGCAGCAACAGCAGCAGCAGCAGCAGGGUGCCGACCUCCUCCGCCGUAGCGGACCUGCUGCUGAGGGGCUCCGGUGCUGCUGCCACCGGCAGUCAGCAGCAGCAGCAGCAGGAGCUGCAGCCGACGAAGGGUUCCAGCAGCAGCUGGCGUCCUCGACGAAGCAGCAGCAGCAGCAGCAGCAGCAGGUGGCAGAUAUCAGCUGAUGGCACAUUGGGCGUUGUGCUGCUGCAGCAAGUGCUGCUGUCACAUUUGCAUCUUUCAACAGCAGAAAGAACAGCGCAGGAGCUCCUCAACGUCCUUGGGCUGCACGUUCACUCCAGCCCUGGUAGGGCCGCCGAAGUAUUUCCUCGGAUGCACCGGGCCUUUCUACGGCAGCAGCAGCAGAAGCAGCAGCAGGAGCCGCAGCAGCAGCAGCAGCAACAGGAACAGCAGCAGAAAGAGCAGCUAGCUGGAGACAAUCCCUUUGUUGGCGAUCCUUUCCGCUGCUUCUUGUGGGGGCAGCUGUUCAGUGCAGCAGCAAAAGUUGCGUUGCUGCCAUACGCCAGCAGCGCCUACAAGCACUGGACGGGCAGCAGCAGAAGCAGCAGCAGCAGCAGGAGCAACAGCAGCAGUGCUGGACUGAAAGAGACGGGCAGAGGCAGAAAACGCAAAGCCGAUAGCCACGGAACAGCAGCAACUACGGAUGAGGUGCCCAAGACCAGCAGCAGCAGCAGCAGCAGCAACAGCAACAGCAACAACAACAACAGCAGCAGUACAUUCGGUGCAGCUAUCAACUCUCCGCUGCAGUCGUUCGUCCACUGGAUGCUGACCUCUCUCGAGCAGCAGCAGCAACAACAACAACAACAACAACAGCAGCAGCAGCAGCA